UAGAUUAUUUUUUUAUUUACUUUUCUAUUGAUGUUCGUUUUCCAACCCUCAAGCUUAGCUAGGGCCCUCAACUACUACUUGUAUAACAAUGGCAAUUGGUUUUCCUUGUAUAUAAAUACAUCCAAGAGGAACACAAGGCCUUCCAAAUUAAACCCACACAUCUCUCGGACCCAAAAAGCCGAAACAUAGAGAGUACAGGGGCGACUGAAUUUGCUAAGAACACAUACAGAUAAUACAUAUAUACAUAGAUAUGGCUACAAGAAAGAACGUGGCACUUGUUUUUCUAGUUUUAACUGCUGCGGUAGCAGUGCUGCAUGAGGCAGAAGCUGCGUCUCAUGUGGUUGGAAACUCCACCGGUUGGACCGUUCCUCCUUCUAACGGUGCUUCCUUCUAUUCCUCCUGGGCUUCUGGUCUUAACUUUUCAGUUGGUGAUACCCUAGUCUUCAACUUCCAAACUGGAGUACACGACGUUGCGACAGUUAGCAAGGCUGCUUUUGACUCCUGCGACACCGGCACUACUCUCUCCCUUCUAACCACUGGUCCAGCAACUAUAGAGCUCAAUGCUACCGGAGACAACUACUUCAUCUGCACUGUCGGACAGCACUGCUCCGCCGGACAAAAGUUAUCCAUUAAUGUCAAGGCCGCCUCCGGCAGUCCUUCACCAUCAUCUUCACCACCACCUCCAUCUACAACUACAUCACCACCACCUCCAGCUUCAACUACCUCUCCACCACCUCCACCGUCUGGCUCAUCCGCCUCAUCUCUCGCUGCUACUUUCUCUGUUGUUCUCAUGACCAUAGCCUUAACUAUGUUUAAUCUGUCUUAAUUAGUUUAAUUUGUUUUCUAGUUUCUGUUUCCGUUUCAUAUACCGAUCGAACCUUCUCAUCAUGCAUAUGGGGGGUUUUGGUACUUGGAAAUUAAAUUCGUAUUUGAUGAUACUAUUAAUUUGUUGUGUUUUCUGAAUCUUUUUUUAUGAUGAGUGAUCAAAUAAAAUUGGAGACUCUCCUGGCCUGCUCAAUUUAAAUAACAUA